AUGAACACAUCAAGUCUCAUGGAUGGACUGCGAUACACCUACCUGCUGACAUUAUGCUGUUCUACAUUUGUCUGCAUCUAUGGAAAAGGUCAAGAAAACGUAGAAAUAAGACAGAACGACAAACGUGUUGAGGGUGAACUGAUCUCAUAUUUGACUUUCACGCGGAUUUCCAUUGAUGAUGACGGCCUGUACAGAUGUACUUUAAAAGGAUACAAAGAUGAGUUAAUCAGUCACAACAUCAACAUCUCAGUUUCAGAUUUAAACCAGGGUGUAAAGAUCUCUGACUAUAAUGAAGAUGAGCUACCAAGCGCUGAUGAUGAGGAUGAUGAUGAUGAGGAUGUGCCUUGGCUGCCCUACUUUUUCAUCUGUGUUAGUAUAGCUCUUCUGGUUGUCACACUGACAGUGUUAACCCUCCUGAGGUGUUAUGGCUGUAAACGUCAACUGAACCACACAGAGGGACAGGUAAUGCAGGAAAGGUCCACUCACAUGAUACCCGACCUCCCCAUUAUCCUGCAUUACACCUGCUCUCCAAGUACUGCAAAAAGACCACCAUCACAAGCUCCCCCGAUGGCAAACACAGCAGAUGAAAGUCGAGUGUCAGACCGUGUAUGCUGUCGUCAACCACCGACAGACUGAGAUACCUGUCAGAUACCAGAACAGCAUGCUGAGACUACACAAAAAUAAAAACAAAGGAUACGCUGCCUUCAACGUUUGCUGAAUAUUUUGGAUCAGUCACAUUUGACGAAUACAUGGAUGGAAAAAUGUACUCAAGUAUGUGGUCGUGUCAUGGAACACGGGCCAAGAAGUUAAGCGAUCAACCACACUGCAGAAGAGGUGAACGGAGGAGGCUUGUGGUCCCACAGAUGCACACUAUGUUCAUCAACUUAACCCGGCUAGACCAGAAGCAGCUUUGAACUUAUUCUCUCACGCUCAGGUUUUUUCCAGGCAAAGCUUCUUUUUAUUAUUAAUUAUUUUUUUAGUUUUUUUUUUC